ACCUCUACGAGGGUGGGGCAAAUAUCUCCGGCAUGGCGGGUGUUUUAACGGUGACCGUGUCAUCAAUCGGCGUUUAUCGGAGGUCUCUACCCCUCCGGCGCACGCUAUACGCGACGAAAGCUAUUUGUUCUUCCGUAUCAUCCUCGAAAUGCUAUUCGCGAAUGGGUUGGAAUUCCCUGCAGCGCAGGUCCACCGUACUCCCGUCGAGAAAGCUUGUGAUUCGAGCUGCCAGAAUCGAGUCCGAAGGAGUGUCCCUUGGUUUCAGAGCACCUGAUUUCGAGCUUCCGGAACCUCUCACUGGUAAAACGUGGAAACUGGACGACUUUGAACCAUACCCAGCAUUACUGGUAAUGUUCAUCUGCAACCAUUGCCCCUUCGUCAAACAUUUGAAGAAGGACAUUGUCAAGAUUUCAAACUUCUACAUGAAGAAAGGGCUUGCGGUGAUAGCAAUUUCUUCAAACUCAGCAACUACUCAUCCACAGGAUGGUCCUGAUUUCAUGGCUGAGGAUGCUAAGAUGUUUAACUACCCUUUCCCUUAUCUCUACGACGAGUCCCAAGAUGUUGCCAGAAACUUUGGCGCUGUAUGCACACCUGAGUUUUUCUUAUUUAAAAAGGAUGGCCGUAGGCCAUUUGAGUUAGUUUACCAUGGACAAUUCGACGAUUCACGGCCGAGUAACAAUGUACGGAUCACUGGAAGGGACCUGUGCUUAGCAAUAGACAGUGUUUUAAGUGGACAACCUGUACCAUCCUUUCAGAAGCCUAGUGUUGGAUGCAGUAUAAAGUGGAAUCCUGAAUGAAGUAAAGGUAUAACUAGAGGCGCUUAAAUUGCCUUCAAGAUGCCAUCGUCAGCCUUGCUCUGAGGUGCAUGAUAUUAACUUUGUAAUAGCUGAUUAAAUUUCGAUUAUCAGAAUUCAUUUGAUUCGUUUUUAUGUAAGUUUUGUGAUCAUUUUCCACGUCUUUGCGAGUUCAUUUCAUGAACUUAGCAGAACAAUGUGGUGCUUACAUUUCAUAUUUUUCGAUAUCUAUUUGUAUAAAGUUAUUACAUUUAUUUGACUUGUGCCUCCACAUGCCUGUUUUAAUUUACAACUGAAGGACUGAAAUUUUAC